AUGGCUGCGCCCAGCAUUCGAUAUUUCUGUUGCUGCACCAAUAGUUCUAAAGUCUAUUUCUUUCCGAAAAACACAACGGUUUGCAGAUAUUAUUCCAAUAAAAUCGAAAAACCGAAAGAUGUGAUUCAGCCACCAGGAAAAGUGACAAGAUAUUUUGUUGAUAAAAUCAAGUCAUUAAUACAAAGCUCUGAGAAAACAGCAUCAAAUAAAUUUCCAAAGGCUUUUAAUGUCUACCACACAUUGAAAACUGGAACAUCAGAUUUUUUUUCUGAUACGAAGGUAUAUUUUCGUGUAUUAUUUGAAUUAUGGGGAGGUAAAAAGGUCGGACAGUUUUCACAUUCAGAGUUAGUGAUAUAUAGUCAAUUGAGGAAAGAUAUAUGGCGUUUGACACCAUUGCUGAUAUUUACUGGUUUAAUACCAAUGGGAGCUAGUAUUCUACCCAUUGCGUAUAUGUUUCCGAGGUAUCUAUUGUCCCACCAUUUCUGGACACGGAAACAGAAGGAAGAAUUCUAUAAUCAGGACUUAAAGAAACAGUUAGCUCAUUGUCCUGAUAUCUUAAAAUUCUUCAAUUCUUAUAGUAAACACAUUGAAGAUAAAAAUCUUCAAGAGAGAGUAAGGCACAUGGUGCAAGAGAUCAAAAUGAAACAGUUCCAAAAUGGAGAGAAGAUUUUAGAAAUUCAGCCUCUGUUUAAUGGUAAACCUUACAACCUCGACAAAUUAUCAUUGGCUUAUACACGUCAUUUAGCCAAGUGUCUAGACCUAUCUGUACGAAGCAGCAAGCUUAAACAUGACAGUCUAAUAUUCCUCAAUAUAGAUAGAGCUAUGAGAAGAGAGGGACUUCUCACUUUAAAAGAUGAAGAAAUUGAAAGGGCCUGCUACGCCAGGGGAGUUAAUCCAAUGGGUUUAAACAGAGAAGAAAAAUUAAAAUACUUACGACAGUGGGUUGAUGUCAGUCACAAAAUUGAUGAAUCCAGUGUGUCUUUGUUACUUCAUCUACCAAUAUUUCUAGCCUACACUCACCCAGCCAACAGAAAACUUCUUAAACACAAAUCUUGAUAAUGGGGGUGUAUAGAUGAAAAUUCAAGAGUUUUUAGACAAAAAAAAAUCCAAAAUGGAGAUAAAUUUUUCUUUGAAAAUGAAAAUGGAAAAAUUGAAAUAAAAAAAAAGGUCUGAGAAUUGUGGAG